UGCGUGCAUGCAUUCAGGUUUAGACAGAAGCUGUGGUUUGGCCCUCAUUGAGGGUCUCUGAGAAGUUGCUUAUGUGGCACCUCAGCUCCCCUUCAUUAUUUCCUGAUGUUUUCUCUCCUCUGUCCCUUUGUGUCUUUUGUUUUUCUCAUUUGGGAGUGAGUGUUGCAUCCCCAAAAACAAAGAUCCAGAGUCUGAUUUCUAACCUUAAAUGUGACUCAUAGAAUUAAUGAUUAAUUAAUAAUCAGUCGUGAAGGAAUAAAAAAAAAAACACCACUUGAGACAACUUCUCUUAACAUCUCUCCACGUCCCCAUCUCUGCUUCAAGCCCUCCCACCUUCUCUCUUUUCCUGUCUUUAAUUACGGUGCCUCUGAUUGGCUGAAACUUUCCGCAGGAUCCGACCAAUCAGGCAUCUUGUUGAGGUGGCCCUUGACCCCCUCAGGUGGUCCCUGUGUGUGUGUUUUUCUGUGUGAGUGUUAAUGAAUACUUGGCGUGUGUGUUCGGUUUAAAACCGUGCCCGAUUCCUUCGUCAGGGCAGUCUGUCAGAAGGGCCGCAGGGACAGGGCGCACCAGGAACCUCUGCCAUACCCGCAAAAAAAACACACACACCAACACACUUAGUGUUUGAGCCCAGGUGGACUGAGUCAUCCGGCCUGUGAGGCUUCAUUUGAGUCCACAUCUGGAUCCGGCAAGACAGCCACGCCGAUAAGCUAACCACAGGUAAGAGAGUGGUGAUUCUGCACUUCUUAUGUUUGUUUUAGGUACUUGCCAGGGAUUCAAGUUCAGGUUGAAGUCAAGGGUGACUGCUGAGGAACACCUGGUUCUGGUUUAAUGAUGACAAACCAGUAGCUUCAGCCCAGCCAGGAGCCUUGUGGCAACAUGUUUGUUUAAAGAGUUCACUUCCAAGCUGCAGGGGUCACUUCAGCAGCCUCUCCAGGUCUCAGGUUGUGACUGGAGUGAAAAUUGAACACCUUCCACCACAUUUAUAUGGUUUCUCUGCACUACUGAUCACUCUCACAGGUAACUAAAACAUGUUUUGGAACUCUUGGUCUGUUUCCGAAUAUGCACUUGUCUGGGGAAUCAGUGAAACCAGCUAUAAUAUCCUGGCAUUUUUGGAUAUUACACUGGUGACAACUGGUGUCAAGCUAAAAAUGAUUUUAUUUUAAGGCAGGAAAGUGAUGAAAUUAAUGGAGCGGGAAGUUCUGGGAGUAAAGCAUAAUUUUUAAAUGUCAGUGUGGUUGGUAUUUGCAGGAGAGGAGGAGGUGAAGUCAUGGCUGGAAGGAGGAGAACCAGUUUCUCCGGCGUGUUCGUCACAACUCUGCUGGCUGUGAUGCUGCUGCCUGCAUUCUUGUCUGCUGGACCGAUUGUGCAGAAGCCCAAAGGAGAUGCGGGAGAAAGUAUCCAGGAGAGAGCGGUUUCUGCAGAGUCACACAGGAGGUUGAUCCGCAACCGCAGGAACAUCAGCUGGUACAAACAGCACUCUGACUUCUGGGGAUGGUACAAGUACUUCACCGACAGCGGCAACGCGGAAGCAGUUCAGGAGAUGGAUCGCAUCUACCUGGCCUACCUCCAGAACAAGAACCGCGCUGAGGGACGUCGCUCCUACAAGGCCUACUUGCGCCACCUGGGGGAAGUGUACAAGUCCUGUGCCGAUUCUGAUGACCCCAACUGCGUGGCUUCUUACACCAGCAGGCCCAAACCUAAACCAGAGCCCCCCAAACCUGCACCAGUGAAAACCUGUGACCCCACCAAGGACCCCUAUUGCCUGUAUGCUGCUUUGGUCCAGGGAAAGAGCCCUUACCUGCCCUUGGUGCUCCCAGCUGCCACCCUUGCCCCAGCACCAGUGAAGGCACCAGCUCCUCUUUACGUCCGCUCUGCUGCUCCAGCCAAGGACCCACAGUCAGGCUAUUACUACUACGCUCAAUCUGCAGUGCCUUUCCUUUCCAAGGAGCAGAAGACCGAGCUGCUGCGUAUCUGCCCUUCUGACGAUGUGGAGUGUCUGCAGUACCACCUGAGAGCGGCCUACGGGUAUUCACCCUCUGCUGGACCUCUGCCUUCCUAUGCUCACCUCGGCUGUGACCCCAAGAAUGACCCCACCUGCAAACCCAAACUGGUGCAGAAAGCCCCUUCUGGUCUCUACCUGCAGUACCCCAACUGUGAUCCACGGGAUCCCCGUUGUGCCUAUGCUGCCUCCCUUGCGCCCCGUGCCCCUAACCCCCCUGCCCCUGCUGGCCCUGGAUCCUGCAACCCUCUUUUUGAAGAAGGCUGCAACCCUCUUUCCGCCACCAAGUUUGCUACUCCCCCUGAGGCAUACAAAAAUGAGGAGCAAGAUGAGGCUGCUGCCAUUCGUGCUGCCCCUCCUCCUGCUGAGCAGAACAACGACCCCUAUGCAAUGUUUAGGGAUGCUUAUGCUAAUGCUAACGCUAACAGAGUUAUGGAUCCCUAUGCUAUGUACCGCCAGGCUAGCGCCCCAGCCUCUCCUCCGGCUAAUGACCCAUAUGCCACCCUGCGCCGAUUCAUGUCCCAGGCCCACGGGAGUGACCCAUAUGCUCCCCGCAUGGAGGCUGCUCCAGAGUCUAACCCCAACGAUCCUUUCUCUGCUAUUCGUGAGGCUGCGGCCGCCAUGCAUCGUCAUGGUCCUCCUACCCCGAGGCAGCAGUACCCUUUUUCCAAUUCCAAUUAUGGAAAUGAAGAGCCUCCCCGUGAGGAGCACCACCCUCUGGGCCCACCAGGUAAAACAAAGGAGGGCUACGACUGUUUCAUCGGCUACGAUCGUGAAUGCUACCCCGUGAAGCCCAAUAAUCCACGAUCUGGAGUUCACCGCCGCAUCCCCUAUCCUGCCGAAGCCUACGAGCCCCACCUGAACGCUGACGGCACCCGAAAUGGAGUCAUGGAGCCUGAAAACCCACACUGUGACCCCGAACACGACCCCAACUGCCGCCUGCGUCGCUACGAGCCCGAGCAAACCCACGCCGAGGCCCACCCUGAGCAAUACGGCGAGGAGGACCACAACCAGAGGGCAGCAGAGAGCGAGCAGCAUCAACAGCAGGAGGAACAGGACCAGUACGAGGCGGAGCCCUACCAGAGCGGCCAGGAGGAGCCUCACAUGCCCUACCAGCCACUCUCACAAGGUAUGCCCAGCCUCCAGGACAUACUGAGGCGCUAUGGAGACCAGUUCCCUGAGCAGGGUGAUCACAGAGCCUAUGCAGAUGAUUACCGCAAGAAAUAAACAAGCUAACACACACAUGCAUGCAGAUGGACAUGAAUACACAGUCCCGUGCGUUCUUGUAGCUUAGCCCUUGACCACCUCACCGCACGCAGUAUUUCCUACCUGGACCAGAUAUGGGACUCGAGAGAAGUCUAUGGACCCAAUGAGUACAUGCAUGUACAUCCACACAUAGCUUCCAGCUGUAGGAGCACGCUCAGAAAGCCGAGGGUGUUCCAGCAAUGUUUUCUUCUCUUUAGCUGCUUUAGACCUGUUGCUUUGGCCUAUUGCUUUCCAGCUUCCACCUCCUCAAACCACUCGAAUGUGUAAUGACUCCUCAAUGCUUUGCUUCUGUAUCUAUGCAUCUCACAUUUUUUUACUUGUUUGUUGCUUUUGA